GGGUGAUGAAGCCAGCAAUGAACAUGCACGAAGUCUACCCGCGGAACACCCUCAUCUGGAAGGUUGCCACGGGUACUGUGCUGUUUGGGAGCGCCGUCUUGCUGUUUCCCUUGUUGUUAUGUGCGCUGGUUGUGUACAUUCCGUACAAGAAGAUCAAGGCAGCCCUUGCGCGACCUCAACCUAGCGAUCGAUUCGACUAUCAAGCAUCGAACGUAACAACUCCACCAUUGUACACCAUGACGUCGCAGUACAUUACUACCACCGAUGGCACACGCAUAGCCAUUGACCUGUAUCUUCCAACCGACAGCAUAUGCGCAUCACCUCGAGCUUGCAUUCUCACGCAAACGCGGUACUUUCGAUCCAUCUCCCUUCGCUGGCCGUGGCGUCUCUUGGCCAACCAAGGCCGCCCGUUCAGCUUUCUCCACACUCGGUACUACGAAGGCAUGCUUGGAGCUGGCUACGCGGUCGUUGCCAUGGACAUUCGCGGCACGGGCGCGUCCUUUGGCACUGUACUGCACCCGUGGCACGUCCUCGAACGCCAAGACAGCGUCGACGUAAUUGACUGGAUCACUCGACAACCGUGGAGCAACGGUCGCGUGGGGCUGUGGGGCAUGAGCUACGAAGCCACGGCGGCGUACCUAACAGUGUCGACCCACCACCCCGCCAUCAAAGCGUGCGUGCCCAUGUACAUGUUUUACGACAUGUACAGCGACAUUGCGUCUCCGGGAGGGAUUGCGCAACACUUUUUCACACUAAAAUGGGCCGAGUUGACGGCGUAUUUGGAUCGCAAUGCGAUGAGCGACCUGCCGGCCAUGAUGGGAUUAGGUCGGCUGUUCUUUCAAGGCGUCACCCCUGCAUCCCGCGACUGGGACGACCUGGUGUGUGCUGUAGCCGAGCACGAAACCAAUUGGAAAGCAGAGAUCCAUCCAUCGCUCAACCGCGACUCGCAUACAAAUGGCAACAUUACGCCGGGUGACUUGUCUUUGAGUCAUGUCCGUCACGCCAUGGAAAUGUCCACGGUGCCGAUGCUGUACUACACGGGCUGGUACGACCAGACUGUGCGCAGUUCCCUGCAAGGCUUCAGUCUAGUCCCUCAACGUAGUCAGGUGGUCAUUGGGCCGUGGAACCAUAGUGGCGUGCAAUUCUAUAACCCUGUCACACAAAUCCACCAACGCAGUGCGUGUGACCACGUCAACCGAGUCGUUUCAUUUUUCCGACACCAUUUGAACGACGAUGUCACAGCCUGCUCUGCAGCCACGUUUACUGGAUCCAUCGAGUACUUCACGUUGGGCGACAAUACAUGGCGAGUAGCAACGUCGUGGCCGCCUCCCCACGCCACUAGACACGACUUCUUCCUGUCCAUGAACGACCGCGCCUUGGUCACGGACGUCCGCGCCAUUCAACCAGGCUCAUGCACGUGGAAUGUGGAAUAUCAGCGCGAUCUCGGCGGCGUUUCUCGUUGGCAGGCGACCAUCGACGUGUACGAGCCGAUGCAGUACCAUGGAUGGCAUGCAGCGAAUCACGUGGUGUUUACGUCUCUGCCGUUCGACCACUCCGUCACGGUACAGUACUAUCUAUGCCUGCGUUGGAAUCACUAGAAAAACAUUCUGCCAAUAUAUAUAUAUAUAUAUAUAUAUAUUGUAGAUUGUGGGAACUCCAAUCCUGACGCUGUGGCUCGCGUCCGCGGCGGCCCCGCACUCGGGGGAUGUGUUUGUCUAUGUCACACUUGUCACCCAAGACUCGGAUGUUGUGUAUGUGACAGAGGGCCAAUGUCGAGCGGCACACGCCCCGCAAGAUGGCGCGGGCGGCAGCAUGAGUCGUCAGAGUUCGCCGACGUACUUGUUGGACCCAGUGCCGCACAACCCAGACCCAGACGUGCCCCGCCAUUCGUUUUACGAACGCGAUCGGCGACCGAUAGCCACGUGCACGAAAGUGACGUUUGGCCUGCUGCCGAUCGCGUUUCAAGCGCCGCGGAAGGCGCGGCUUCAGGUCCGCAUAUGUGGCCACGAUGCCAAGCAUUUCACCCAAGUUGAUCCCUCGCGGACCAUGGAGGUCACGGCCGACGCCACGACGUGUGUGUCGAGCUUGAGCUUGCCAAUUCUCGAAACCCCGCCCUUGUAAACACUAAAGCUAUCCAA